AAGAAAGGAGUAUCCAGGAUUCCUAGCAUUGAUUUUGUUGGUCUCAGUUUUUCUGAUAAGAAGCAGACCAGAGGGUUACCAGCUGGUCUGGUUCCUAUGACGGACUCUUAUUCGGAUGGUGAUUUACCUGAGGUGGAAUUCAUUGCUGGGGAUAGCAGCAAGUUUGCACCUAAAACACCAUUAAAACCAGAGUUGACUGAGGAAGAGCAAGAUGAUUCUGAUGUGUAUAAGCCUACGGUUUCGACUUGGGGAGUCUUUCCGAGGCCUAGUAACAUUUCGAAAACGUAUGGUGGUGGAAAAGUCAUUCAACCAGGAGGGAUUCAGGAAGCAUCAAGAGAUAAAGCUGCAAAAGACGCGCGCACUAAAAAACUUAUCGCAAAUUACAAGAGUAUGGCGGGCUUAAUUGUCGAUCCCAAGCUAAAGUCUGAAUGUGAGAAGACUUUGAAAGAAGGUGACGCUUUGAUGGACAGAGGAAAACUUCAACAAGCAUUACCCUAUUUCGAAAAAGUAAUGAAAGAUAUGGCCUUUCAGAAUGAGCUUCAUGGGCGAGCUGCUUUGCAGUGGUCUAUUUGUCAAGAUUCACUUAACAGGUCAGCUGAGGCUCGAGUUAUGUACGAGAAACUGCAGUCUCAUCCAACUGUUGACGUAAGAAAGAAAGCCAAGCAGCUCAACUUCGGGUUCGAGGCCAUGGAAAUGAUCAAGUUUAAGAGCACAUCCCUCCCCAUAAAUUCAGGUUAUCAAAAUUACUUUGACGCUUUUGUAGAAGAAAAAACUGGGUCUGUAAGAGCAGCCGAUGAAGAAGAAGAUAACGUUGCGCUCAAACAAACUAUUCCAUAUGUCAUAUUUCUUCUAGCUCCACUGUUUAUUGUGUUCCUAUUAGCUCUAAGAAAAGCUGUUUCGUUGUAAAGUUGGCUACUGCACACACUGUUCAUUUAUUUUUUUGAUUACUAUUGUGGAUCGUUCAGAAUUCAGUAGUUGAUAUUGAAUGAUAUAAAAAAAGUUCAUUCUCUCAAUCAA